GUGUUAUACGUGACAAGGAAUGAUUCUUGAUAACCACAGGUGUGACAGAUUCUUCUCUACCUAACACAUAAAUUUAAAAUAUGAGGCGAUGACAAAGUUGACUUCUUACAGUUUAAUGCAGUCAUAGUCAAAACUAUACCUUCAUUAUAUUCAAAUUCAUCCAACACUUUUUCUAUAUCAACUGCGAAUUUAUCCAUUAUUUUGUUACACCAUUGCCACUGGAGACUUGACAGAUGAGGUUUUUUGAUAAAGGUUAUGACACAACAAAAGCCACCGAAAAUAACAGUAGUUUUACUUCCAAAUUUCUGUCUAUCUUUAAUUGUCAACGAACUUUAGAAAAACUAUGAUAUUUUAAUAUUUUUAUUGUUCAAACUAUUAAUGCAAAGUUAUAUAUGACUUGUUCGUACUUGUAUACGUAACCUAAUCGAAGAUUUUUUAGUUUAGAUGGUGGACCAGCUGGUCCAUUUGAUUAUUUUUAUCUUGAAAAACUCAAUUCAAUGUCCAGGCAGUAGGUGUAUUAUAACUUGACUCUUCUUUACAUGAUGUACAUAUCACCUUCAUCACUACAAGACGUUUGUGUUAAUUAUAUUUGCGAUAACUUAUUUGCACUUUGUGAUUCUGUACCAGUAAACAAAUAUAAUCAUAUUGACAGUUUAAAAGUUAGUCCAAUUGAAGAAGUUAAAUUACAAUUUGUUGAUAAUGAAGUGUAUUUUCAUUCUGAAAUUUCGGAGCAACUUCUUAGAACAUUAUGCAUCAAGGGAAAGUUGACUGACUACACUUUAACAUUAUUUGACAAUGAAACUACAAGACUCAGGAGAGUAUCAUUACCUAAUGCAUCUAACCUAACCAAGGAUGGACUGAAAGUUUUAAAAGGGCACAAAAUAGUAGAGUUAGAAGCAUGUGCUCUUAAAUUUCCAAUUAAUGAUUUAGUUUCUUGUUUUGGAGAAUGGACACUUCAAAAUUUAAGAACUCUUAAUGUUGCCAGGAGUACUCUUUCAGAAACUUCAAAGCAUUGUGUUAUGAUCACAUUAUCAAAACUAAAGUCCCUGCAAUGUCUUGAUGUUAGUGGAACUGAAUUUAACACGCAUGCCCUUGACAUUGUUGUAGAAGAAUUGCCACUUUUAGAAAGUUUAGAUAUUUCUAGCACACGAGUAGAUGAUAUUGCCCCAUUGAGAAAAUGCAAAAAUAGACUGAAACAUUUAGCAAUGUAUAAUCUAAAGUAUAUCAAGGUGCCUUCAUGUGAACUUAUCUUGUUAGAAUUAAAUGAACUUCGUAGCUUAGAUGUUUCGGAAGAAAGAGAUUCCUAUGCUGCUUUUGAGAUAUUUGGAAAUGGUGCUGCUAAAAUGGUCCAAUUUUUAUCUCACCCCAAUUCGCUACCAAAUCUAACAUCUUUAGAUAUUUCAGGAAAGGGAGAGAUAAUGAGAAAAGAAUUACAACUAUUUUUACAACAACACAAGCAAUUGCAAUAUUUAGGACUUGUUCAUUCAGAGAUGUGUUCAGAAGAAUGCUUUACUAAUCCAAAACAUCCUGACUACAAUCCUUCAUUGCAGAUUGGCGGUGUUGCUACAGAAGAACAAAUUUUACUUUCUCUUAGACGUUAUGCUAACCGAACUUUGUAUGUCCAAAAGUGCUUAUACAAUCUUUUCAGGCUAACCCAAACAUUUACUCAAGCUAGAGUUGAUAUUAUUAAGUUGGUAUUAAAUGGAAUGGAACUUCAUCCUGAUGCCUUUGGUGUUCAAAUGGCUGCUACUGCCUGCUUAUAUAACUUAACAAAAGGAGAGUUAGGUUCAAAAAUUCAUCCGCAGAUUUUAUCGCAAGUUGUAUCCCUGUGCCUUGUUGCUAUGAGCAAAUUUCCUACACAUUACCAACUUCAGAAGAAUACAUUACUAACUCUUUGCAGUGAUAGGAUACUGCAGGAUGUUCCUAUUGAUAGAUUUAAGUGUGCCAAACUUGUGCUCGAUUCACUUCAUACUUUCGAAGAUCCUUCAAUGAAUAGAAUGAGUGUUGCCAUUUGUAGUAUUUUAGCUGCUAAAAUUUCUACACGAGAAACAUCUCAAUUAGGAUCAGAACCAAGAUAUAUGCAUAAGCUACUUCGCCUCGUCAGGACAAAAAAGGAUGCAAAAAAUGUAGAUAUCACUAUGAAGUUUACUCUAAGUGCCCUUUGGAAUCUAACAGAUGAAUCACCAUCAACAUGUAGUGUCUUCUUGGAUGAAGGUGGCCUUACUCUUUUUCUUGAAGUGUUACAAACAUUUCCUGGAGAAGCAACUGUAGAAACAAAAGUUUUAGGAUUAAUUAAUAACAUAGCUGAAGUGCCUCGACUCCGAUCUUGCCUUUUAAGGCUUCCAUUCAUCUCUGUUUUGAGGGGUCUUUUACAUUCUCAGCAGAUUGAUGUGUCAUAUUUUGCGGCUGGUAUUAUGGCACAUUUAGCUGCUGAAGGCCCUGUAGCAUGGAAGAGAUUCGACUCAUUAAGAGAUGAUAUAUUGAAAGAGUUGGGUGACGUUGUUAUUAGUUGGGAUCCACCUGAAGGAGAAAUGGUUGCAUAUCGAUCAUUCUAUCCUUUUAUUUCACUUUUAACAUGUAAUGAUGCUCCUCAAGUUCAGUUGUGGGCUGUUUGGGCUAUUCAUCAUGUUUGUACCAAAAACCCUCAACGCUAUUGUCCUAUGCUGGAAGCUGAAGAAGGAAGUAUUAUUCUUGAUUCAAUGUGGAGAAAUCCAAAUAUUAAUGCCACUGUUCGUGAAAUAUGCGGACAAAUCAGACAUUUACUUAGCAUACAUGGUACUAUGGGACAUAAUCAAAUCAUGUUAAAUCCAAUUCCAAGGAGCUGUGUCAAAUUUCUGGAUAGUGGAUUGGCUGACUGAAAAAAUAAUUUUAACAUUCUUGCAGGAAUUUGUUAACAACUUCGUCUUAGAAGACAGCAUUUUGACAAAUUGCUAUCUAUCAACAAAUAUAUGGGCUCCUUAUACGAAUUAAUUAUUUCUUUUAGAAACUAAGUUAAAUAAUUGUACUUGAGUUACAUUUAAAAUGUACUAAUAUGUAUAUAAUUAAUUUUAAAAAUGUCAGAUUUCUUUUCAUAUAUAUAUCAAUCCACCUUCAACACAAAAGUAAUACUGUUAAACCAUUCUUAACAUUUACAUUUUCACAUGAUUCAAAACAUUGUUCAUACUUCGAGAACGUUCCUGAAUGCCUGAU